AGUCCCUCCUUAGGUGGCCUGUGCUGCUUGGUGCGGUGUGACCUCUCUCGAGAUGCCUGAACCAGGGAAGAAGCCAGCCUCUGCCUUCAGCAAGAAGCCGCGGUCAACGGAAGUGGCCGCSGGCAGCCCUGCGGUGUUUGAGGCGGAGACAGAGCGUGCAGGAGUGAAGGUGCGCUGGCAGCGAGUGGGCAGCGACAUCGCCGCCAGUGACAAGUACUGCCUGGUGGCCGAGGGCAGGCGGCACACGCUGACCGUGCAGGACGUGGGCCCUGCUGACCAGGGCUGCUACGCCGUCAUUGCAGGCUCCUCCAAAGUCAAGUUUGACCUCAAGGUCAUAGAAGCAGAGAAGGCCGAGCCCCAACCAGCCCCUGCCCAGGCCCCUGCGGAGGCCCCAGCAGCCCCGGGAGAAGCCCUGGCUACUGAGCCGGAAGGAAGCGCCCCGAGUCCCGAAGGGUCAAGCUCAGCAGCCCCCCAUGGCCCUGCCCCUGGGGGCCCUGGGGGCCCUGAUGAUCCCAUUGGUCUCUUCGUGAUGCGGCCGCAGGAUGGCGAGGUGACGGUGGGGGGCAGCAUCACCUUCUCAGCUCGAGUGGCCGGGGCCAGCCUCCUGAAGCCACCCACCGUCAAGUGGUUCAAGGGCAAGUGGGUGGACCUGAGCAGCAAGGUGGGCCAGCACCUGCAGCUGCAUGACAGCUACGACCGGGCCAGCAAGGUCUACCUGUUUGAGUUGCACAUCACCGAUGCCCAGGCCAGCUCUGCUGGUGGCUACCGCUGCGAGGUGUCCACCAAGGACAAAUUUGACAGCUGCAACUUCAACCUCACCGUCCAUGAGGCCAUUGGCCCCGGAGACUUGGACCUGCGAUCGGCUUUCCGCCGCACGAGCCUGGCCGGAGGAGGUCGGCGAACCAGUGACAGCCACGAGGACACUGGGACUCUGGACUUCAGCUCCCUGCUGAAGAAGAGAGACAGUUUCCGGACCCCGCGGGACCCAAAGCUGGAGGCGCCAGCCGAGGAGGACGUGUGGGAGAUCCUGCGCCAGGCACCCCCCUCCGAGUACGAGCGCAUCGCCUUCCAGCACGGCGUGACCGACCUGCGCGGCAUGCUCCGGAGGCUCAAGGGCAUGAAGCGCGACGAGAGGAAGAGCACAGCCUUUCAGAAGAAGCUGCAGCCGGCCUACCAGGUGAGCAAGGGCCACAAGAUCCGGCUGACAGUGGAGCUGGCCGACCCUGACGCCGAGGUCAAGUGGCUUAAGAACGGACAGGAGAUCCAGAUGAGCGGCAGCAAGUACAUCUUCGAGUCUGUUGGCACCAAGCGCACCCUGACCAUCAGCCAGUGCUCGCUGGCCGACGACGCGGCCUACCAGUGCGUGGUGGGCGGUGAGAAGUGCAGCACCGAGCUCUUCGUUAAAGAGCCCCCUGUGCUGAUCACACGGGCCCUGGAGGACCAGCUGGUGAUGGUGGGGCAGCGCGUGGAGUUUGAGUGCGAAGUGUCCGAGGAGGGGGCCCAGGUCAAAUGGCUGAAAGAUGGGGUGGAGCUGACCCGGGAGGAGACCUUCAAAUACCGGUUCAAGAAGGACGGACGGAGACACCACCUGAUCAUCAACGAGGCGACGCUGGAGGACGCGGGGCACUACGCCCUGCGCACCAGCGGGGGCCAGGCGCUGGCCGAGCUCAUCGUGCAGGAGAAAAAGCUGGAGGUGUACCAGAGCAUCGCGGACCUGGCRGUGGGCGCCAAGGACCAGGCUGUGUUCAAGUGUGAGGUCUCCGAUGAGAACGUGCGCGGCGUGUGGCUGAAGAACGGGAAGGAGCUGGUGCCAGACAGUCGCAUAAAGGUGUCCCACAUUGGGCGGGUUCACAAGCUGACCAUUGACGAUGUGACACCUGAGGACGAGGCCGACUACAGCUUUGUGCCCGAGGGCUUCGCCUGCAACCUGUCAGCCAAACUCCACUUCAUGGAGGUCAAGAUUGACUUUGUGCCCAGACAGGAACCUCCCAAGAUCCACCUGGACUGCCCGGGCCGCACACCGGAUACCAUUGUGGUUGUGGCUGGGAACAAGCUGCGCCUGGAUGUCCCAAUCUCUGGGGACCCUGCUCCCACUGUGAUUUGGCAGAAGACCAUCACCCAGGGGAAGAAGGCCCCAGCCCAGCCAGCCCCGGAUGCUCCAGAGGACGCAGGUGCCAGUGACGAGUGGGUGUUUGACAAGAAGCUGCUAUGUGAGACCGAGGGCCGGGUCCAUGUGGAGACCACCAAGGACCGCAGCAUCUUCACAGUUGAAGGGGCAGAGAAAGAGGAUGAGGGUGUCUACACCGUCACAGUGAAGAACCCUGUGGGCGAGGACCAGGUCAACCUCACAGUCAAGGUCAUCGAUGUGCCAGAUGCCCCUGCGGCCCCCAAGAUCAGCAACGUGGGCGAGGACUCCUGCACGGUGCAGUGGGAGCCGCCUGCCUACGACGGCGGACAGCCGGUCCUGGGCUACAUCCUGGAGCGCAAGAAGAAAAAGAGCUACCGGUGGAUGCGGCUCAACUUCGACCUGCUGCGGGAGCUCAGCCACGAGGCCAGGCGCAUGAUCGAGGGCGUGGCCUACGAGAUGCGCGUCUACGCAGUUAACGCCGUGGGCAUGUCCAGGCCCAGCCCUGCCUCCCAGCCCUUCAUGCCUAUCGGCCCUCCCGGUGAACCCACCCACCUGGCCGUGGAGGACGUCUCGGACACCACAGUCUCUCUCAAGUGGCGGCCUCCAGAACGCGUGGGCGCAGGUGGCCUGGAUGGCUACAGUGUGGAAUACUGCCAGGAGGGCUGCUCUGAGUGGGUGGCUGCCCUGCAGGGGCUGACAGAGCGCACAGCCAUGCUGGUGAAGGACCUGCCUACCAGGGCCCGGCUGCUGUUCCGUGUGCGGGCACACAAUGUGGCAGGACCUGGAGCCCCUGUCACCACCAAGGAACCUGUUACAGUGCAGGAGAUACUGCAACGGCCACGGCUUCAGCUGCCCAGGCACCUGCGCCAGACCAUCCAGAAGAAGGUCGGGGAGCCUGUGAACCUCCUCAUUCCUUUUCAGGGCAAGCCCCGGCCUCAGGUGACCUGGACCAAAGAGGGGCAGCCACUGGCAGGCGAGGAGGUGAGCAUCCGCAACAGCCCCACGGACACCAUCCUGUUCAUUCGGGCUGCCCACCGCAUGCACUCAGGCACCUACCAGGUGACAGUGCGCAUCGAGAACAUGGAGGACAAGGCCACGCUGGUCCUGCAGAUCGUGGACAAGCCAAGUCCUCCUCAGGAUAUUCGGGUCAUUGAGGCCUGGGGCUUCAAUGUGGCUCUGGAGUGGAAGCCACCCCAAGAURAUGGCAACACAGAGAUCUGGGGUUACACAGUACAGAAAGCUGACAAGAAGACCAUGGAAUGGUUCACUGUCUUGGAGCAUUACCGCCGUACCCACUGUGUGGUGUCCGAGCUCAUCAUUGGCAAUGGCUACUAUUUCCGGGUCUUCAGCCACAACAUGGUGGGUCCCAGCGACAGGGCAGCCACCACCAAGGAGCCUGUCUUUAUCCCCAGACCAGGCAUCACAUAUGAGCCACCCAAAUACAAGGCCCUGGACUUCUCUGAGGCUCCUAGCUUCACCCAUCCCUUGGCGAACCGCUCAGUCAUCGCAGGCUACAACACUGUCCUCUGCUGUGCUGUCCGGGGUAGCCCCAAGCCCAAGAUUUCCUGGUUCAAGAAUGGCCUGAACCUGGGAGAAGAUGCCCGCUUCCGCAUGUUCAGCAAGCAGGGAGUGUUGACCCUGGAGAUUAGAAAGCCCUGCCCCUUUGACGGGGGUGUCUAUGUCUGCAGGGCCACCAACUUGCAGGGCGAGGCACAGUGUGAGUGCCGUCUGGAGGUGAGAGUGCCUCAGUGACCAGGCUGGCUCCCAGGGGCAGCCAGGUACAACCGGAUGCCAGCCCAUGUGCCAGGAGCCUGGAGAGGCGCUGGAGGAGCC